CUCUGGUAUUUCCUCUCGAUACAGUUUGUCCUUGUGUGGAAGUAGCAGUUUCUCAAACGAAAUUCAAUACCCGCGAACUUGCAGCUACAAGCUGAUGCACUAUCAGCCUCAGUCAUAAACCAACCAGCGUCCUGUGCUAGUGUGCUUCUAUUUAUUUGACGCGUUUCCACCGCUCACCGACGGCCUAUUUGAGUCGUUGCGCAAUGGAACCUUUCCCAAAGCUUACAUAAGGUGCGACUCUUCUUAUCUUAUAACUGACGUGAAAAAGUAAAGCGUAGCAAGUGACAAGUAUUUCAGUGAUCUCCAGGCUGCUCGAUCAGUUUUUAGCCCAGUUAAACCUCUUCACGAAAAUCAUGGAUAAUCGCAGCAAAUUGUUGGCCGUUUUGGUGCAUUUGACAGGGAUUGUUUACAUUGUGAUGAUAGUUCUCAACGCAUUAGGGGGCAUCGGCUACGAAGCUCUUUUUAGCCAGAACACGGGACAGGUUUCCGAUAAAUAUACGGUGUACAUCACGCCCGCGGGAUUCACAUUCACAAUAUGGAGUGUCAUAUAUAUUUUUCUCGGAGCCGGCGCGAUCUACAGUGUGUCUAGCGUGUACCGGAAAAGCGGUCCGAACAGCAAAGUUUACGUCCAGCCCAUUAUUCUAAAUUGGCUUUUCUACGUGAUGCUGACAUUAAAUUACGGCCUAAAUACUGCCUGGAUCUUUUUAUGGGACUCUGAAUGGAUUGUUGCAGCAUGCAUAUUCCUCUUAUUUAUCACCUACACUGGAUGGCUGGCGUUUACCAUCGCCUGCAGAAGAGCAAAAUGUGCGAUGAAAAAGAAACAAGAAGGAGUUAUUAAAACCGCUGUUUACAAAGAAGUGCGACUGCAAAGAAUAUUUGUACAUAACGGUAUUGCUUUGUACUCUACGUGGACGACUAUUGCCUCUCUACUCAAUAUUAACAUCGCCUUCCAGUAUUUUGGCAACUGUGACGCAGAAACGACAAGUUUAGUAUGCACAGCCGUCCUUUUGACAAUCCUAAUAGGAUGGUUCGUACUUGAAAACACUUGGCUCGAUUCCUACGUUCGUUACACCAUAGCCCAAUAUCCUGUGAUUAUAUUUGCUACAAGCGGAAUUCUAAGUAAACAAGCCGAACGAAACCGUCCCGACGGACCUGUUCCAGAGAGCAUUCAAAUUUUAACAUGGAUUAUUCUGGGUGUUGCUUCAGCUCAAUUAGUCGUUCGAUUGGUUCUCGUCAUUUACCGCUAUCGCACUCAACCCUUGUUCAAAAUCCAAUCAAUUUCAGCACGCGAAGAAAUCCUCACUGUACAAGCCAACUAAUCGAUGGUCCCCACCCCCCAUCGUGAACAAGUUCCAAGACAUUCAGCAAAGUAAAAAAUUUUUAUACCAGUAAAGAAUAUUUAAAUUCCCUAUAUAUACAAACAAAAUGACAACAUACAUUCUGGUUAAUUGCAUGGCCCGGAAGUGCUGAAUGGCAUUCUGAUACAAAAGAUUAUAUAAGUCGAUAAAGGUUCUGUUUAGAAGGAGUAAUAUUAAAAACUCAACGGAAUGCUAUAUUCAAAUUACAUCUGCAUUUGCCUGCCAUUGUGAAACAAACACUAAUCAAAUGAAUAAAAUUUACUAUUGUAUUUAAUGCUAAUGACCGAUUUAAGUAUGCUGGUAAAUAUAAACAAGUUAAUAAAUCUUAAUUACAAGCG